CAAGUCAUCAGGCUGUUCACCAGGGAAGUCGCUUAAAGCUUGAACAUGUUUUACCUGACAAAAAGACACUAGGGGAUUGGAAUAUCGCCCUUUGGAGACGACCUCGUGGUCAAGAAGGUCAACACGCUAAUCGAUCCAUUGUGGGUGAAGACAACGUGGUGGAAUUCCUGUUGAAGGCAUUUUGGUGUGUACUUACUGAGCCACAACCAACGUAGUGUGACGACAAAGUAGCCAAACGUCUACCUCUUAGCUUCAAAGAGCUGUCGAUCUCUGUUGUUAUUCACUAAAGACAUAAACAAUGGAAGAAGCGGCGAAGUUACAUCGCCACUUGGAAAGUUUGCUAUUGAUUUUUACUUGCUGUUUUGUGUAUCUCAGCGCCGAUCGGCUUGGAACUGUCGAUAUCAGCACCGGGAAGUUCUUAUAUACAGAAGURAGUAAGUGCCCACCGGGAACUUACAAAAACGGUCUCUACUGCGUUAAGAAAUGUGCCCCCGGAAUGUACGGUAACUUUGCAGCRGGGGCCUGUCUCCCAUGUUCCAAGAGCUGCAAGACGUGCCUGGAUGGCACGCAGGCUGAUCAGUGCUCAAGUUGUUAUGUUAACUAUUAUUUAGCAGACAAUAGUUGCACUUUGUGCACAGACAGGAAAAAACAAGGCCCUCCCUUGAGGAAACURCGGCUGAUUUCAGAAGGGAACCAAAUAUUGCAGGGRCGCGUUGAGGUUUACCGGAACAUGAAAUGGGGGACCAUAUGUGACGACGACUGGGACAUAAACGAUGCUSACGUUGUAUGCCGGGAAUUAAUGCUAGGCAGUGCAUUGGCCGCUGUAACGCUAGGGAAAAUGGGCUAUGGUAGAGAUGAUCAGCCUAUCUGGCUCUCCAAUGUGGGAUGUACUGGWAACGAAUCUAGGCUUGACACAUGUGCACAUGCGCCAUGGGGAAAACAUAACUGUGGUCAUUUUGAAGAUGCUGGUGUUAUUUGUUCUGGCCCAGACUCUACGCGUCGYUGUGUGUCCAAGUGUGGUCCUGGGUACUUUACAGUUGAAAAUAGUAAUGAUUGUAAGGUUUGCAAUCCAGAAUGCCUAACUUGUGCAAACACGUCGUCUUCAUGUGCAAGUUGCGAUGGAACGACGUUCCUCGAAGAUAAUAGAUGCGUCCUUACCUGCAAAGAAGGUUACUAUGGCGACCCGAAGACUCGUGUAUGUAAAAAGUGCGAUUCAUCAUGUCGGACAUGCGUACAAAGUGCCACGAUGUGCACAGGAUGCGUAGAUGAUCGAUACCUCUCAGACUUUGCCUGUGUUAAAAAAUGCAGUAUUGUUGAAGUCGGACAAAAACGGCUUAUUCGAUUAAGCGGAGUGAAUCGAAAGUCCUCGUUCGAAGGUCGCGUUGAGGUUUUCCGCAGCGGUGAAUGGAGCACGGUGUGCGAUGAAUCCUGGGAUUUCAGAGAAGCAACUGUCGUUUGCAGACAGCUUAAAAUGGGUCGAGCUAUAAAGGCAACGAACGGAGGCGUUUUUGGUACAGGAACAGGUCGAAUCUGGUAUGAUAAGCUCAUGUGCAACGGCUCUGAAAGUAGCAUAUUUAAAUGCGAUUACGAGAAAGUCGUGUGGAAUUCUCGUUGUUAUCACGUUAAAGAUGCCGGAGUUGUUUGCUCUGGACCUCAAACCGGUAACCCUCUGACGAACGAAUGCGUCAAACGGUGUAAAGACGGCUUUUACAAGGACCAGCUUGAUGUUUGUCGUCCGUGUAACUUCGAUCGYUGCGCCACGUGCAUUGGUUUUCCAUUYCARUGUACGAGCUGUUCGCCGCCAAAAUUCUUGAAAAAUAAAAACUGCGUGGAUAACUGUGGAGGCAAUAUGUACGGUCACAUUCCGACCAGGACUUGCAAAACGUGUGACAAAAAAUGCGUGACCUGCGCCAAUGGCAAAGACGGGAAAAAUUGUACUUCGUGUAGCGCGCCUCGUGCUCUUAAAGAUGGCGAAUGCACAGAUAGCUGCAAGCCAGAUUUAUACCGGCACAAGGGCAAGUGUAUCAAGGACUGCCCUAUUGGAUUUUAUAAAUAUGAGCUCAAUUCCACGUGUAUUGCAUGCCCACGCGAAUGCUUUAGUUGUCUGUACAAUACUGAAAAGGGCGCACCAAAGUGCGUUUUGUGUAAACCACCUCUUGUUUCACACAAAGGCGUCUGCACAUCGAAUUGCUCUUCAUCYGGAAAGGUUUCCAUUCCUGUAUUAAAUGUUACUGGAUCAGUAACCGUUCGGCUCAUGAACGGCUCAGAUCACCUUGAGGGGCUUUUGCAGAUCUAUCAUAAUGGCAUUUGGGGGACAAUCUGUGACGAUGGUUGGGAUUAUUUGGAGUCUAAGGUCGUUUGCAAACAACUUAAUCUUGGUACCCAUUCCUCCAAACCUCUCACAAACAUUCCUAAAGGAACUGGGAAAAUCUGGCUAGACGAUAUGUUUUGCACAGGRCGUGAAAGUGCUCUUGAACAAUGCGUCCAUCGUCCUUGGGGCGAUACAAACUGUAAUCAUAACGAAGAUGUUGUCGUACGCUGCUCGGGACCAGGAGUGCGCAGAUGCGAAGACAAGUGCCCGGAUGGCUACUUUAGCAGUAAGGGCGAAUGCAAGUUGUGUGACCCAUCCUGUAACACCUGCGUUGGUAACGCCACCAACUGCAUUAAUUGCUCUUCCGGUUUUUAUAAAAACGGAAGUAUUUGUGUGAGUAGAUGCGGUGAAGGUUACUUUUUAGACUCCAGUAAAACCGAGUGUAAAAGAUGUAGCAGCACUUGUGCUACGUGUGAUGGUAACGCUGCGAACUGCACUUCAUGUGCUAAGCCAUUAUACAGACUUAACUCGUCAUGUGUUCCAACUUGUGGCUCGUGGUACCCGCCAAAGGAAACGUACGGUAUAAGGCUCGCUGGUAAYGCAAAGGACAGUCUAGAGGGACGUAUUGAGAUUCUCCAUCGAGGUUUCUGGGGUACUAUUUGUGACGAUGGUUGGGACAUCAGAGACGCUAUUGUCGCUUGCCGUAUGCUGAACCUCGGUAACGCUACAGAAGCUGUAACCACUGCUCGCUUUGGACCUGGCACUGGCCGUACAUGGCUAGAUGACGUCGACUGCACAGGUACCGAGAGYUCGCUSGGAAAGUGUGUUCACCGUGGUUGGGGUAUGGAGAACUGUGAACACAGCGAAGACGCAGGUGUUCGGUGUUCUGGUCCAGAUCAGUCACGUGACUGCAUAAGACGGUGUGAUAUCGAUGGGUACUUCCUUAACAACAAUACCUGUGGGAGAUGCAGUACUGAAUGUAAAACCUGCGAAAUCAGUCCUGACAACUGYAAGACCUGCGAGUCGAACGAAUAUCUUAACCGUUCCUCGAUACGCAAUUCUUGCGUCCAAGACUGYGGCGACGGCUUCUACGCAGACAACAYCACUAGAGAAUGUAAGCAGUGUAAUUCUAGCUGUAUGUCGUGCUUUGGAGUCCCGGAUAACUGCACAUCGUGUGAGUCUAGCAAAGUGUUGGACACAGAGACAAACGUCUGUGUUGAUAACUGCAAAGACUCGACUCUYAUUAAGGGCGUUGAUGAUAUUCGUCUGGCGGGCACCAACCAGACACUGUAUGGUCGACUGGARGUUAAGUAUAACGGCCAAUGGGGCACCGUAUGCGAUGAUGGGUUUGACGAGAAAGAUGCUGAUGUUGCGUGUCGUCAACUCAAGCUGGGAAAACAUAAAUUUUUCAAACGGAGUGGCUACUACGGCCCAGGUGUUGGUAAAGUUAUGCUGGAUGAYUUACAGUGCAAAGGAACGGAGAAGUCGCUGUUUGAGUGUCGAAUGAAUCCUGGCGGUAUAGGUCACGCGAACUGCGGCCACAGUGAAGACGUCGGAGUAGGAUGCAUUGGUCCUGACACUUCAAAACGAUGCAUCCGAAAAUGUCCGAUAGGAUUUUUCAAGAGCAAAAACGUCUGCAAUAAAUGUUCGCCAAACUGUCAGGCUUGUAUCGGAACUGCCAACAAUUGCAUCGAGUGCACGCCACCACUCUUUCUYGAAGAAACAAAGUGUGUGGCGAAGUGCACACUGGGACGGUAUGGGAACAUCAAGUUGAGGAAGUGUUUGAAUUGCAAUGCUAACUGUCAAACGUGURUCGAUGGAACAAGGGAUGAUUUCUGCAAGACUUGUGAAGAGGGUUUCGUACUAAGAGAUAGCAUUUGCAUCAAAGACUGCGGGCCUAAAAUGUGGUCAGCUGACUUUUUACUUCCACCGCGACCAGCUACGCCCUUAGUCCGUCUUGUCGGCGGUAAAACGAAGCAAGAAGGUCGUGUAGAAGUUUUACACGAGGGAGUCUGGGGUACAGUUUGUGAUGACCAAUGGGAUUUAAAGGAUGCCAGUGUUGUCUGUCGGGAACUAGGCUUUGGAAAAGCGCUCAAGGCUCCUUUGCACGCGGAAUUCGGAAAAGGUAAAGGGGUGGUCUGGAUGGAUAACGUGGAUUGCUAUGGCUACGAAACGUCACUCACCCAGUGYCGUCARCAUGGAUGGGGGAUCAACAACUGUGACUCAGAUCACAACGAAGACGCUGGUGUGGUGUGCGACAACUCAACAAUUGAAGACGUAGCAAAUAACUAUUGUAGAGAGUUAUUGCCUCUCAACUGUAAAACUGACAAGCCAUGYUUUCCUGGAGUCACGUGCGUUGAUCGCGGUCCUCUGAGUGACGUCACGCAAUCGUUUUGUAAAAGAUGYCCAGACAAGUUCACGGGAGAUGGCCGGAUUUGUAGAGUGGUAUCGUCUACCAAGCCAGAGUUCAAUCCGCCCAUGCUACCUAAUAUCACCGUCAUAGCAGGCAAAGCCAUCGGCCUUAGAUGCGUCGCUAAAAAAGGACCGUCUGCUCCCAGUUUUGAAGCGAUGAUACAGGACUGGGCAAAAGAUGGUAAACCCCUCGAYCCGAUGGACAUCAGGUCGAAACGAAUACUYGUAUCAUCCGGYCAACUCAUGAUUCAUAACUCGGUACGUGGCGACUCGGGAAACUACUCGUGUACGUUGAAUAACACUGCAGGAACAACUACAGGGUAUACUUMCGUCACGAUAAAAGAAAUUCCUGAGAUUAAAUCAAGUUUGCCUGUCCUAGCCAACGUUGGUGCAACUGCCAAUCUAAUCUGCGUAGUUUCCAGUUUUCCAGCGGCAAAUAUAACGUGGAAAAGGAAUAAUGCCGAGCUUAAAGGGGAUCGCUAUACAUUUUUUAACUAUACCGUGGCCAUCUCUGGGAUUACUUUUGAUGACGCGGGAGAUUAUGAGUGUCAUGUUGCAAAUGAGCUGGGAAAAGCUAUGAGUACUGUGACUCUUACAGUUGGAUUGGCAUCUGAAUUUACUAUUGAGCCGUCCGAUCAGAACACCCAUGAAGGCGAAUCCAAAACAUUAGAGUGCAAAGCAUCUGGAGAACCAAAGCCWACAAUCACGUGGAAGAAAGRUGGAAUGCCCGUAGUCCCGGAUGAAAACCACGUGAUCUCAGAUAAAGGUCUUAUGAUAAGAAGAGUCAAAGCUUCAGAUAUUGGCUUUUAUGCAUGUAUCGCGAAAAACCCUCAAAAUAUCAUCACUUCGUUUGCAGCUAUAAUACGUAUUGGUUCUCCUAUCAUCGACAUACCUCCUGAAAACAUAUCCGUUCUCUCUGGAGCAAAUGUCACUUUCUACUGCCAGGCCCUCGGCUCGCCAGACCCUAUCAUCGAAUGGUGGAAGAACGGACGUGUUGUCGCCAAACAGAAAGGCAAUUCGCGUGUUAGGGACAGUUACACCAUGAUAAAUGUACAGCCAAGUGAUGCUGGAAAAAUAACAUGUAAAGCUUCGAACAAUAAAGGGAAGGUUAUUAAAGAUGCCUUCUUAUCUGUGGACGGACAGACAGAAAUAUAUAGUAACUAGAAGGAGAACGCGUGAGAUAACUCGAAUGAUAACACGAGAUCACUCUACAGCGAGUUAAAUAUAAUGAUAACUUAGGCAGGAUUACUGGAGUUGACUCGCACGAUAACUCGAAGAACGCUUUUUAACUCGAGGGAAAUGCGAGACUGACGAACCGAAUAGCAGUAUGGUUUAUUUUGAGAUAAUGGCGGAUAGUUUAAAAGAAAAUGUGCUCGACAGAAAGGCUACCCUUCGUUUAUUGAAGGCCCUCUUCAAGAAAAUACUGAUCAACGGAAUUGUAGAUUUACUGGGGGUGUAGCCAUGUCAUGUUGAACUAUAUUUGGAGACAAAGAAUUUAAUCCCUAUGAAAUGAACGAAAAAUAGUGCAGGUAGAAAGGGACUUUCACAGCGAUGUAAAAUUUUAAUGUUUUAAUCUUCUUUUUAGUUAUCUUUUUACUUUUUAGUCAUUUUAGCUUGUUUUUAGGAAGAUAAAUGAACUUGUAUAAGAAAAUAUUUUGUUAAAACAAUGUUAUACAAUGUCGUAUGAAAUACAUACAAAUUUUAGUUUAUUAAAGUUUAUAAAUGCACUUUUCCAAACGGAGUGUCGAAAUGUUGGAGCUUCGAACGAAUAUCCAAAGAUUUUAUUGGUUGGUAGUAUUGGAAAAGGGCUAAUGCUGAAAUAUUUGAAUAACUUAGAUUCUGUGCCGAACUGAGCCCAGUUCUUACCCAUCAGGGGUAGUCUGUACAAUCGGCUUGCUGAAAAUCAAGUGGUCUCUUUUAACAGUCGCGGCUUCCGGUCUCGUCAAAUUUGAAAAGUAAUUUGAAAGUAUUUGAAAAGUCAAGCGAAGGACUACAGAGAACUCUGGAUUAAUUUAUUAUACCUGGGCCCUCUUAUUUGCAAGUAGAACCCACAUAAUUCUUACUGUUUCAAGAUGUUAUCGAUUCUAAGUAUUCCUCGGCUAUAGCUUGAAUUGCACUACCGACCACUACCGUCAUAUAUACUUAACAUAAAAUGUCAGUGCAUGUUAUAACCCAAACAAGUUCCGUUGCUAUGGAUGCUGGAAGCGUCAUCACUCAUUUCUGGGAAUCCGAGAUCGCGGGAUAUCAUCUCAUCGUAGAUUUCCGGGAUUAUAUCUCUGUGACAUACUGAAAAACACUGUAUUUUUGUAGUAUAAAAAGUGCAAUUUAGACCCAAAUAUGAGUUACGAGGAGGUAACGCUUUACCACUACACAACUGAGGAAGGUGCGAGAGGUAUAAAAAGAGAUAUGAAAGUGAAGCAAAAUCAUCCCACAACAUGGAAUAGACGGAACAGACAUGGAACAGGCGUGUACUUCACGAAACUUGACCAUGGCAAUCCAGCAAACACUCUGAUACAAAACAAUUUCGUGAACCGAGGACAACGUCUGAGAGAUCCAUCCAAGUUUAUUGACAGGAUAAGCCACGUCGUAAAAAUAACAUUUUCUAAGGAGAAUGUGAAGAAAAUCAACGAUGGAAGCAGAGAUAUUUGGGUUCAUCAAGGAGAUAUCGAUCUCAAUGACUACAUAGGUAGAUACAGAAUUUAUCCACGACUGAAUCCAAGAGCAGUACUCUGACAAUCGAACAGAUCACUUUUUCUAAGAAAUGAUUCUUGGAUARCGGCAAGCAAAAUCGUUCGACUGAAGUUAGGAUACACUUGUGGUAACUCAAUUCUUAUCAGAAUUCAAAUCUCUGAAUCAGCACCGUGUAACAGCACCAUGGUAUAACAGUAGUUUAUAAGUAAGAUAAUGUUAUCACUGCCGUGGAUGUACAGUUUUUUUACACUUUUCUAGUAAAAUAAUAAAAAGAUAAUAGUGAAACGUUCAA